UGUCCGCGGUUGAGAACAUGGCGGAACGACUACAGGACCUGGAUGUCACGAAACAACCACCGGAAAGUCUGGAGGCGACUGCGAGCGAAAUGGUACAAAGUCUCAGUAAUAUCAUCGAGGCAACUGACACGACUGUGGAAAAAACGAAAGCAGUGACGGCAACGGCAAGCAAAGACUCCAUACAAGAGGAAGACCUCUUAGCCAUGACUCCGGAUCAACUGGACCAAGCGAAAGCUGACAAACAGAGGGCGAAGGAUGAAGCAGAGCAGAAAGAACAGAAGGCUACUGAUGCGGCAAAACAGGUGUCAACGAAAACGUUUAAAGCUGCCAAGGCCGUUUCUACUUUCGUUUUGAAAACGAAAACCCCUGGUUCACCCCCGGUGGUUAUCGACUCGCCCAAACUGUCCAUGACACUAGAGAAGUCCGAACCUAGCAUGUUGGCAAACAAGACGGUGGACACUCGUGAGGGGUUUUUCAAGAUGCCAGCUGCGAUUGUAGCUGGACUGCAUGGAACUUCUGAUGCCGUUAAUAUUGAGGUGGUUUCAUCCCGAAAUAAUCCAUUCAGUUGGGGUCAAAGCGCAAACAACAUCAACAGUCCGGUGAUGUCGUUGUCGCUACAAGGACCAGAUAAUGAUGAAAUCGAAGUGAACGGAAUAGCAGAGCCAAUAGAAAUACGAAUGGAGAUAAACCCCCUCAAGGCACCGAUCGCUGUGACGUAUGAACCAGCCACGUUAACUCCGGAGGAGGACCUCUAUGGCGACUACACGGAUGUAGUGACUGACUAUACAUACCAUUGUUUUGACGUCACGAAUGUAGGCUACGAAAUGCACAUCGUCAUUCGACCCACGAAUCCAGACGUUGAAACAUUUGCCUAUUUGAAAGAAGGGGAAUACCCAUCUUCUGAUGAUCACAAUGUAAGUGUAGCCAUCCCGCACGAUGUGAGUGAUGAGAGCGGAAAGUACUCACAGGAGGAGCUGGAGGAGCUGCGUCACAGCAUCACCGUACCUCAGGACAUGAUCACACAGAAUGGUACCUGGUACCUCGCUCUACAGGAGAUGGAUCCAGGUAGCGAUGCCCCCAAUGGACCAAUGACGUCCAACUACUCACUUCAGAUCAUCUUUUUCGGAUGCAGAUAUUGGGACGAGGCAGGGGACAAAUGGAAGGGAGAUGGCUGCAAAGUCUCUGAGUACUCCACGUCCCGGGCUACAAUAUGCCUCUGCACCCAUCUGACGUCAUUCGGAGCGGAGCUGUUCACUCCACCGAACAUGAUCGACUUCCGCACCGUCUUCAACAAAAACAUCGGGGAGAACCCGUAUGUCCUGUGUACCAUCAUAGCGCUGGUCGUCAUCUACCUGGGUAUGGCACUCCUGGCCAGAAGGGCUGAUCAAAAGGACGUUCUCAAGUGGAGUGUCACAGCUCUCUCGGAUAAUCGGCUGAUAGACUCCUAUCACUACGAGGUUACGGUGUACACAGGCAUGAGGAAGGGUGCAGGCACAAAGUCCAAUAUCUUCUUCAUUCUGCACGGAGAUAAUGGCAAAAGUCGGACCCGACGUUUGGCUGGCAAAGGAAAGGAGUUCAGCCGGGGAAGUGUUAACCAGUUCCUGAUGAGUGAGAUGAGGGAUUUGGGUGGCCUGAUGUCACUACAGAUCUGGCACGACAACGGGGAGGAGAACAUGGACGGAUCCUGGUACCUGAACAGAGUACACGUGCGAGAUCUGCAAACAAAUGAAAGGUCCUACUUCAUCUGCGAUGAUUGGCUGGCUGUGAAUCUCGGAGACGGACAGAUCAAACGAACACUGCCGGUGGCAACUGAGAAGGAAAUGGUGCAGUUUGACCAACUCUUUCUCUCCACCGUGAAGAAGGACUUCAGUGACGGCCACCUGUGGUUCUCUGUGUUCUCCCGUCCGACCAGAAGUAACUUCACCCGAGUUCAGCGAGUCACGUGCUGCUUGUCUCUGCUCUUCUGUACCAUGGUGUCUAACGCCAUGUGGUACGAGACCGAGCAGAAGGUGAAGACGGUCCACGCCAUCACUAUCGGGUCACUGACCUUCACGUGGCACCAGAUGUAUGUCAGCAUCAUGAGCAGCCUCAUCAUCUUCCCGGUCAACAUUGGACUCGUCACGCUCUUCAGGAAAGUUCGUCCGAAAGAAUCGAACCUCUACGAUGGAGUCAACUCCAACAAGAGAAAGAGUAGCAUCGUACGAACGCCCGAUGACAAGGGCAGCGUUAACAACAUAGACAUAGAGUCUGCAGAGAACAACCCCGGCGAUGAAACUCCUGCAAAGAAGCCGUUUCUGCUUCCUCCGUGGAUGGUGUACGUGGCGUGGAUCGUCGCCUUCCUUGUGACCUUCACGUCCGCGUUCUUCAGCGUGCUGUACAGUCUGGACUGGGGCCCGAAGAAGUCCGUCAACUGGCUGACGUCCAUGUUCCUAUCGUUCUCAUUAUCACUGCUAGUAGUGGAUCCAAUAAAGGUUCUGGCCGUCGCAGCCAUUCUUUCCUGUUUGCUGAAGAAGCCAAGUGAUGAGGACAACGACUCAGACGAAGUAAAAGCAAAGACUUUAGAUCAGGAUGACGAAUGGAUAUACGAAAUCCCACCCGAGGACAGCGAAGACGAAUACGAGGACGAAAAGAUAAAGGAGCCUGAUCCAGAGAUGUUGGCAAAGGCAAGAGAAGAACUCGCCACACAAGCGAAGAUGUCCGACCUGCUUCGGGAAAUCGCCCGAUAUUUCCUGUUGGUCCUGGUCCUGAUGUUUAUCGCCUACAGCCACAGGGAUCCAAACGCCUACCGUGCCGUGGAGACGUUUCGUGAUUCCUUCGUAAACGUCAAGCUUUCUUUGGAACAGGUUCGAACCCCUGAUGAUUUCUGGACAUGGGCGAACGAUACUCUCAUUCCAGGCAUCUAUACUGAGUCAUGGUACAACGGCAAACCUACCACCAUACGGGAGCAGCAGUUCCUGUCCGACAAGGUGUCCUUCCGUGUAGGGCCUGCCAGGCUGAGACAGCUACGAGUUCCGCCAAGUACGUGCUUCUUCUAG